GGAAGCCACACCCGUAGGUUUCGCGAAGGUCACGUGACGGACCAGGGCGCCUCCCUUUUGGACUCGUCAUCACGUGACAGGUUCCUUCGCUGGCUGGCAUUCAGGAGAAGGCAAUACCGUCCAUUGCAGACAGGCAGCGAGAAGGUUGAUCGCAGUGCACCGGGUAACAGCGGGGACAAGAGACAGUCAUCAUGUCGGGCAAGGACAGGAUUGAGGUUUUCCCAUCCAGGAUGUAUGUAUAUUAAUAUUAUAAUCCUAGCGAUGUGCUUUGCAGAGCUUAGGGGGAUCUAUGUCACUUCUGCUAAUAAUGGCCAAUCUGACCAUCUCAGAGUAUUUCUUAAUCAUUUAUUUUUUUUGACAGGGGUCCAAGUGAUGUAUCUGGCUAUUGCUUGACUACCCAUUCGUUAACUGGAAAAUGUAUCUCAGAUACCCAUUAUAGACAUACAACAUAGUUAAUACUAAAAUAAAUGUGUCAGAGCACUGUAUUAAACACUUCAUAGUGUUCAUAGGGCUCUCCAUUGCUCUGGGAAAUUUAUUGGGGGCAAUUGCUUAAGCAGAGGUGAAUAUCCUCAUUGUUUAUAGCUUGGAGAAUUUUUAUUUUUUUACUUUUUGUUGAUAAAUAUAUAUAUUUUAUCUUUUGUCUAUAUCUAUAGAUUAGAAAAUAUAUAGAUUCCUAUUUUAGCACACCCUAAUAUCUUGAUCACACUAGAAUGUAAAAUUACUGGAAUUCGUCAUGAUUGCUAUUCAUUUAUCCAUUGAAAAAUAAAGCCUCCGUGAGUACUAUGAGACCCAACUCUGUCAUGGGGUUUAUUCGCCAAACUGUGCAUUGGAAAAUCACAAAAAUAGCUGAUUUAGGAAAAAAAAUGCUAAAGCCUCUGUAGUCACACAGGGUUAAUAACUUAACAGCGGACUGUAGAGCUUAGAAAUCCAAAUGUCAAAAUUCAAGCUUAUAUAUAUUGUAUUAGAAUUGGACAUUUUUUUCCAAAUCAGCUGAUGUAACCUAAAUUUUGUGAUUAGGAUUUCAACCCAUGAGAAUUUAGAUUUUUGUGAAUAAACCCAACAACUUGUUUUUUUGUUUGUUUUGUUUUACUCUAAUUUUUUGCAAUUAUGUUUUCAGUUCCCUGUUUAGUCUUCUAUGUUUCCAUUCCUCUAUUGUUGUCUUCACUUUACCCAGACCAGCCAGCUAUUUCUAAUGUCAGUGUACCAUCAACACCCAGUCGGCCUCUGUGUAACCGUCUCUGUACCCACUGCAGCUAUCUGUACAAUGCAUUUAAACACAUGAUUUACCUCUCUUACCACUGUUUGUAUACCCUGGGGGACCAGAACACCAGCUAAAUGGCGUGCUGCUCUUUAUACGCACUCUGUAACAAUGGUCACUCUGCAUAGCGUUGUAGUUUUUACCCUACUAUUUCAUGCUAGAUUAUCAGGGUUUACAGAAGGAAUGCAUUAUUACUGUAUAAUACAUCAUCGCUCAAAUUUAGUUUUUGGGACGGUUAGGGCAAUAUCAUGUUAAUAUUCAGAGAUGGAUUUAAUUUGACCUCAAUUCCCUUUUCCAUCUUACUCUACCUGUGCUGUUUUGUCUCUCCACUAUCUCUCUCCCAACCCAGUUCUGAAGGUAAACCUGCCCUAUUACUUUGCUAUCAGGACUGGAUUAGAAAUCACAUGUUUACAUAUCCAUUUCCUUCUACGUCUCUUUUUUAAUGAUUAUUUUUCCCCUUAAAAAGACUGCAAGUUUAGAUUAAAAUAUAAAUGCUUCCACAGCUCCAGGUCCACAUACUGAAAACAUGCUUGCCGGUUAAAAGACAUCCUUUUAUUAAACACAAAGUAUUACUUAGGAACACAAUGUGCAGAGGCAGGUACAAAUGAGGAGGACACUAAGUUUAGUUUAAUUAAAUAUUUUUGUAUGUAUGGUAGUCAAGAAUGUCUCUCUAAAAUAACUUUGGUCUUAUUGCUUGGCAAGUAAAAAUGUAGGCCUACUGAGUAGAAACGCCAUGUGUUGUGGACUCUCCAGGCUUGCAGAAAUUUAAGACCUGACUUCUAAUAUGAUAUGCAGUCAAAUUAUGAUUGAUGCACAUCUAGCGACUUUAACUUCUAUUGCAAAUCAUUAGCCAAAUUCUUCUUCCUAGCCCACCCUUUUUUUUUUUUUUUUGUUUGUUUUUUGUUUAUUUUCACUUUUAUUUGUAUUUGGUAAAUGCAAAUUAGCCAGCAACAUUGCUUUUGAUCUAUGUGUAUUACUUAGAGGCAAAAUUACUUAAGGGCUGAUGAUGGCAGAGAUAGUCACAAGGUCAGAAGAGACAACACAACUUAACAUUCAUAGUUGCAGGAAGGGUUUGCUUUACUUCCUUUUCAAUAAAUAAAGGUAAUUUUCACAAAUGAUUUCCAUUUUCCACAAGUUAUUUUUUAAAGUUCAGUUUUCCUUGGCAACCUUAGUGUGUCCAAACUUUUGGAGUACCAUUGGCAUGAUGAAGAACAUACAGGCUCUAUCAUGCCAUCAUUAAAAUGUAAAGACUCUUUACCAAUAUUAAAUCCUUACAUUUCCUUCCCUUACAUUUCAUUUUGUAUUAUUAUAUAGUUAUUCCACAUACAUUUUAGAGGUGCAGUUCUUUUAUUAGCGUUUUUACUUAUUUUUUAAAUCAAAUAUUUUGAAGUUGGGCUACUGUCAUUGCCACAGCUAAAUAAAUCCAGAUUUGUAACACAGAUUUCUCAUGAAUAGAAUAAUAAAACAUGGUUCUGUAUUAACUAACUUUGUGGAUUUUCUAGGCAAAUUGGUAAUGUAGAUUGGAUGCCCAAUUGUAAUUAUUGCAUAUGUUUAGGGGCAGGUGUUUACUAUAUAGAUAUGUUGAACGGGAAUGUGUGUUUUCAUUGCAAACACUAGGCAUGUUUACACAACACAAGCUGGUUGUGUUGAAACUAGAGUUAACUGGCUGUUGUGCAGUAAAUAGGUUUGCAGGUAUCAGAGAAAACUGGAAAAGGGUAGACUGUAAAAAGUACUGAUAAUACAUAUACAAGGUUAAAGUGACCCAGUGUAGGCACAUUUAACCCUCACCCAGUACUUUCAAGUUGUAUUUAAAUGAAUAUACCAUCUUACUUGAAUAAGGGAGGGGGGCGUCCAAUUUUGUGUUAUAUAUUGAUAUUGUGUUGGUGUAUGUACGUGUGAAAUUCCAUAGUCCACUCUAGUUUCAUGACCUGAUUUGAUACAUUUUCAUUAUUACACAUACAAGUAUAUAUUGCAGGAUGGACCGCUAGGGGUAAUUUAGUAUUUUUCUUUUAAUUUUUAAACGUGUUCCAGAAUCUUUAGUAGUAUUUUGGGGGAUUUUGUGCUUUCAUACAUACAGAACAUUUGAACGUUGCUUGAAACUUCAGAAUUGUGUUGUAUUUUUGUGUUUAUUACCCCAGAGUUGGGCAGUGAUCCCCAUGUAUAGGAUUUAGGUUAAAACCGUGGUAUUUUAAUGAUUGCUAAGCCAAUGAAUGGCUUUUUGUGCAUAGAACAUUCACAAAUUGACAUUAUCCAACUCAGAACUCUUAUUCCAGUUUGGCUCAUAAUGUACUAGUGAGACUGCUGUGGCAACAAUAUUAAAUAUAUCUGUAUGUGCAGCAUUUUCUACUGAAUGGCAGUGUGUGUGUGUGUGUGUGUGUGUGUGUGUGUGUGUGUAUAUAUAUAUAUAUAUAUAUAUAUAUAUAUAUAUAUAUAUAUAUAUAUAUAUAUAUAUAUAUAUAUAUAUACACUCAGAGCAUCAUGACCAUUUCAGAUCACAUAGUGUUGGAGUAACGCUUUUAAAAGUCAUAUUUAGGAUCUCCCUCUGUUUUCAAAUUUUACCUAGCCAAUAUUUGUAUUUUUUUUACUGUACAACUUCUGCAGCUCAAUUCCUCCUUACCACUUGUCCGUUGCCUACGUCUUUGAAUUCCUCAUCGUCUUUUUAACCUUUACCACUAUAAAAUAAAUUAUUUGACUAACAAUCUAUUUGACCAUUUAGUUUUUGUUUUAUUUAUGUAUUUCUUUUCACUAAACCAAAAAGUCCAUUUAAUCCAAACACCCACAUUUUACCUAAAAUUACCCCAAUCAAAAGAAAGAACUGAUCAUCUUGAUCACCAAAUACUAUCCUGAUUUUAUAGAGAAAAUUCAUUUAUUUAUAAGGCAACCCAGAGCCCACUGUAGUGGGUAUGAUGAAAGGAUUACCCUUCCACCUUCCUCCAUUAAACCCUUGAAGUGGUCAUGGUAUUUGGAGUAAUCCUUUUAAAUUAACUCUUCUGGGGCACUUUAACAAAAUACUUGCUAGAGGCUACUUCUGUCGUCAUCAUCAUGAACAGUAUACCCCAAGCCUUUUUUCUACUCCAAAUCCUUCAUGUCAAGUAACAUACUAUAAUAUAAUCUACUUGCCUAACCUCAUCCCUUGAAUGGAUUAAUCAAACACUUGCAGCACUUUUGCACAUAAGUGAUGCUUGAAAAUGUAUUUUGGAAUUACAGCAUUCAAAAUAUUCUUGUUUAGGAUUUAGUUUUUGGACCGAGGAGCAUCCCACUAUUUUAAGUACAUUGUAUACCAGGAAACCAUGGUUUCUAAAGGCAUUGUUAUCCGGUGUUGUGUAUGCCAUAUGGCAGUGGUAGUCAAACUUCAGCACUCCAGAUAUUGUGUUCUACAACUCCUAUAAUGCUCUUAGGAAAGCAUAAGUCCAUGGAGUCCACAUAACAUUAAAUGCCAAAGGUUGCCUACCUGCCAUAUUGUUUGAUUGGCUCGUACGUUUUGGGUUUAAAAAAAAAAAAAGCAGGUGUUACUAUUCCACUUUCUCUUAGGGCACAGACCAUCAUGAAAGCACGAUUGAAAGGAGCUCAAACAGGACGCAGCCUUCUGAAGAAAAAAUCUGAUGCUUUAACCAUGCGUUUUCGACAGAUCCUGAAAAAAAUUAUUGAGGUGUGUAAAUAUGAUUUUAAAAUGCAGGAUAUAUUUCAUUUAUCUCCCCCCUUCCAACAAAUAAAAGGUUAAAACAUAAUUUUUUACACUUGCCUGAUUUCAGUGAAGAGCGUGAGGAUGUGCAGCAUUGUUUUGUGGAGUUCAACUCUGUGUAAAAGCCUCUACUGGCUGUCUGGGAGAUAGUCACUAGAGGUAGUCUUAACCCUGCAGUGUUUUUAAAAUAUUUAAAACAACCUGGACUUUGCAACUUUCAUUUCUGUGUGUAUUCUUUGUGUAUUACUUGUCCCUUUGGUUUUGCAGACCAAGAUGUUAAUGGGAGAGGUAAUGAGAGAAGCUGCUUUUUCUCUUGCUGAAGCAAAAUUCACAGCAGGAGACUUCAGGUGAGCACAAGGGUGAAUAAGAACUGACUUUAUUGAACACAACACAUGUAUUUUAUAGACACAUUCCCCACAGGAGGUCUUAAAGGACCACUAUGGUGUUAGGAAAACCAACUUUGUUUUUCUGACACUAUAUAGUCCUCAGGGCCCCUGCUGGGCUGAAGGGGGUUAAAAACCCUUUAGCUACUUACUUUAAUCCAGCGCCGGGCUCCCUCGGCACUGGUGACCUCUCCUCCCCCCUUCGACGUCAGCUCUCGAGUGGAGCCGAAUGCACAUGCGCAUUCAAACUGCCCAUAGGAAAGCAUUCCUCAGUGCUUUCCUAUGGAUGUUCUGCGUGCUCAAUGCGAUUUUUCGCAUUGAGCAUCGCGGAAGCACCUCUAGCGGCUGUCAGGAAAACAGCCACUAGAGGCUGAAUUAACCCUGCAAUGCAAACAGCUGCAGGGUUAAAAUCUGGGGACCUGGCACCCAGACCACUUCAUUGAGCUGGAGUAGUCUAGGUGACUAUAGUGGUCCUUUAAGUUAAAACAAUAUAAGUCCCUGCCUAGAGUCUUGGUGUCCAGGACAUAAUUGGUUUAAGUCACCAUUAUUUAAUUACCUGCUGGACACCAAGAAGUGUUGUACAAGAACCGUUUCACACAAAACCCAACUAAUUUCCAUAAGUGAAAAUGCAUUACUGGUUUGUGCAGAGUGGGGAUGGACACUAACAAGGGCUGAGGACCACAUGGGAAAUUUAAGAGGAUGGAAGAACAACAAGUUUGAACUAGCCUGGAAGGGUCUCUGGGACAAUGGGACAACAGUCUUUGUGAAAACAACAAGUAAAGUGGGGAGAAAAAACACAUACCCUGUACCUAUAAUGGGCACAAAGUGACUACAACACAAGAGCAAUCUGGGGACCUAUAUAAAGUGUCUGUCUUCAGCCCCCAGUGAUGGUAACUAGCGUCACAGUUAAGUGUUGCAUUAUAAGAACUAGCUUAAAGAACAUGAUAUGACAGUGUAAAAGCCACUAAAAUAUGCUCCUACCUUAAGUGCAUUUGCUUUGAGUUUUCUGGAAUAUAGCACUGUUUAGUCAAUAUGGAUCCCCACUGCAGCUUUACAUGGAAAGUAUGAAUUCUUUACUUCUUAUAUACAGCAUACUUGUUUAAACAGCAACCCUCCAUUAUUAGAGAGAGAGAAAAAUAACACAAGUGCAGCAAAUUACAGUAGAGGGGAACACUUGCUUUCUUUGAUUUGAGUUUCACAUUUUAUAUAUUUUUAGACGCCUUUAAAAUACAGUAUAUGCACCUAAGUGAUUUAUAUAUAGAAUCAAACUUUUUUUUAAUUUAUUUUUUUAUAAUUUAUUCAUUUCACCUUCCAAUAGUACCACUGUUAUCCAGAAUGUGAAUAAGGCGCAAGUUAAAGUGAGAGCAAAGAAAGAUAACGUAGCAGGUAAGUUUAGAAUUUAAAAUUUUCAACAAAUGCCCAACCGGGGACAGUUAUCUAGUUUUUCUUUGUUUUAUUUUAAAAAAUGAACAACAAUAUGUUCAAUGUCUAGUAAAAUGUCUGACACUUUUUAUAUUUUUUUUCCCUCCUCCUUUUGGAUUACAAAUUGGACAUGCACGCUUAUGCACACAGUGUCUUAGUGAAUCACAUAUUCUCUAUAAUGUAAAUGUGCAUUACGAUUUUUGUUAAUAAAAAAAAAAUUCAACUUUUUUUAAAAAAAUGUUAAAGAAUUAAAUGACACCUUUUUAACAUUUGUUUUAUUUUGCUUUUUCCAGGGGUAACCUUGCCUGUAUUCGAGCAUUAUCAGGAAGGCGGAGAUAGUGAGUAUUCUUAAUUUUCUGGGCAAACAGCCUGCACCAAAACGUUGUCACUUUCUGCUUCGUGUUAAAGGGAUACUCCAGGCACCCAGACCACUUCUGCUCACUGGAGUGGUCUGGGUGCCAACUCCCACUACCCUUAACCCUGCAAGUGUAAUUAUUGCAGUUUUCAUAAACUGCAAUAUUUACCUUGCAGGGUUAAGUCCUCCUCUAGUGUCUGUCUAUCAGACAGCUAGUGGUCUAUCAGACAGCCACUAGAGGGACUUCCGUGUUCUUAGAACACGAAAAGUGUUUUAAGCAACGCUGGACAUCCUCACGCUAUGUGAGGAUCUCCAGCGUCGUCGAAAUAUCCAUAGGAAAGCAUUGAAUAAUGCUUUCCUAUGGGGAGGUCUAAUGCACGUGCUCGGCUAUUGCAGCGCAUGUGCAUUAGGUCUCCUCUGCCGCCUGACGAGGUACAUCGGCGCUGGACUCCGCUAAGUCACUGAAGGGGUUUUAACCCCUUCAGCAACUUUGGGUGGGAGGGAGAGGGGCACUACAGGGUCCUGCAGUUUUCCUGGCACUGGAGAAUCCCUUUAACUGGAUUUUAAAUAGAAACCUCAUUCAGUCUUGCACAAACAUUUAUAUUCCUUAAACAAGUUUUGACAAAUUUACCUAGAUGUUAGAAACCAAGAGGAAAAAUGAAUAAGGCAGGCAAGACUUUAAACACACUCUCGUACUGUACAAACCUUUUUAAUUCACGCAAGCAAUAUGCAAUUAGACAAUCACUUGCACAUAUAGACAUGCAUAUAUAACUAGCUAGUUGCACAGGUAUAGAAGCAGACAAAAUGUGUGUGUGUGUGUGUGGCGGAGAUGCAAUAUUCCCCAGGUAUCUCCGCUUAUAAUCCAAAUGAGGCUCAGGAACAAGUAAAUUGUAAAUCCACAGGCAAGGUCUCCAGCAGGCAAAAUAACACAGCAAUAUCCCAACAGCAAUCCCAAUAACUGGACGACACACAGUUUCAGGAGCAGAACUGAAAUCUUUAAUCCACACUGGCCUUUUAAAGCAUGCUCCCAUGCAAGGGAGGGAUUACAUUCAUUAAUACAGUAGCCAAUCCUGUCCUGGUAACCUCCCACACAUCUCCUCCCCUCAGCCGGCAUCAUAAUCCCCUUAUCCAGUACAGUAAUUCCCCCCAUUUCUGGAUGUACCCCUAAACGUAGGGGUACCCCUUUAAAUCCUACACCCCCUGAUAGCCCUGAUCUGGGUGAACAACAUAUCCAAAAAUCACCCAGAUCAGACCAGGGGUUCGGGAAAUUUAUGGAGGGAAUAAAAUGACCGACCGCACUGAGUGAAACAGCCGAAUGCGGUUCCAUGUGAAUGGGCCCUGCGGUCGGUCCUGGAGUAAGGGAACAAACUGCACGAAAACCUCUAGCUAUAGAGGCUAGGGAGGGUUCGCCUGAAUCCCCUCGUUCGGUUCUUUCUAUCUACCGAACGAGGGGCUGUUCGGUAGUUAGGAACCGAACGGACCGGGCUUUUGGAGGUUUCAGCGGUGUUCGCCUAGUCGAGUGUCCGAUUUGAGUUCCAGACACUCAACAGCAAAACACCGCUGUUCGGGAGUUUUAAAAUGGCCGCCGCCACGUGUUCGUUUGUCGAAUGGCGGCCACCCCCGAGAACAAAGGACGGCUACUUCACUUGUCAAUUACCCGUUCGCAACAAUGUUGCAACGGGUAAUUGAGGACACACUUCACACAGGGGAGGUCUGACUGUUCGGUAGUUUAAUUCAAACAAACUAAGGGAAUGAAACUACCUUACAUUCAGACGAAUCCAAUACAUUUUACACAUAGAACUUCGCUAUUUUACACGAAUACAUUCCCUUACUGCAUAGACAUUUAGCAAAUAGACGAAUACAGUUUAAACAUAAUGUAAGUCUCAGGGCAGCUCAUGGCUAUAUAUAUAUAUAUAUAUAUAUUCCCCUGCCUGCUUCUUACCUUUAAACAGCAGUGAGUUUGGAGGAAUGUCAGAAACGCAGUUUUUGUGUCUAGUAGUAAAAGGUCUGUCCCUGCAUGAUGAGUGCUGUAUUCAGGGAGGUUGCUGUGAAGAUAGGUCAUUUCACUCCCUCCUUGUCUCUGUACCAUGUUAUAUAGAGACAGCCCGCUCCAUCCCUAAACCCACAAAUAGUGCUGGGAGGAUAUCUGUUCACCGCUACAAAUUGUAAGAAGCUGCUGGACGGAAUUAAAAUUAUUAAAACGGCAAAUGCGUGUAUUAAAAGAGCUGAUCAGGGGAGAUCAAAUGUGUUGUUUCUUGUAAUAGACAAAUUUGGCUAUAAAGACACCAUUUUCUCACUAUGGCGAUGACGUGUGUGUGUGUAUAUUAUGUAAAUCUAUAUUCUUGCCGUAGUGCAUGAACACAGACCUAAGUUUAUCCAGUAUUCACUCUUUUGUUAUAAUGUAGGCAAGUAUAUACUGUUGGUUUGUUUUUUGUUUUGCUUUAUUCAUGUUUUGGUCUGAUUACUUCGUUCAGGUUAUGAGUUGACUGGUCUUGCUAGAGGCGGUGAGCAGCUGGCCAAACUGAAGAGGAAUUAUGCAAAGGCUGUAGAGUUACUUGUAGAAUUGGCCUCUUUACAGGUACAAAAUGUGAUACAUUUGAAAUUCAUUUUGAAUAAAUUUUAGCUGACAUCAAUAACCAUACAAAUGUGAGUCCAUACAAAUUAUACAUUUUAUGUUGGUAUGCCGGAGUUCUAACUUACUGCAUAACCUUUAUACACUUGUGUUCUAAAACAAAUAUAACCAUAAAUGGUUUUUUUUUUGGUUUUUUUUCCUAGAGUACUCCUGAGAUGAGAGACGAAAGGGGAAUGAUCGUUUUUAAAAAAAAAAAAAUUCACAAAAUGUAUUAGAACAACAUCCCAACAUUUUUUUUUUAAAUUUUUUUUUUUUAAUGCUGAAUCCAGUAUCCUAAAUCGUUGUGUGAUUCUUUUCCACUUUGUGAAAGAGAAUGUGUACUUCAGUUAUAAACACAUACUUUUUGUGCGUGUGCUGGUCAUAUAUACAUUUAAAUACAUUUGGUGGUGAUGUCUUUAGAUUACAUUAAUACUUUAGUGAAUAAGUUACUGUGUGUUUAUAACGGUUUCCUGUUAUAUCUCCUCCUAUAGACUUCAUUUGUCACCUUAGAUGAAGCCAUAAAAAUCACGAACAGGCGUGUUAAUGCCAUAGAACAUGGUAAGUGAAGACUUUGCCUUUCCUCUUUCCCACUUUUUUUUUUUUCCAUUUAAUGUUUUUACUGAGGCACAUGUUUAGCAUAGCAGAAAUCCAUUACAAUAGUAGUUGUGGCAGGUACAUAAGUUCUGCCUUGUCACAAAAAUAUUCCUUUUUAUUUAUUUGUAUAUAUAAUCUGAGCAGAUAGUGAAUUAACAAAGCUAGUAUGUCAGAUUACACCAAUAACAAAUGAACAAAUAAUAUGUCAAAAGUUAAGUGCCAAUGGACGGGUUCAUUUAAAGUGAGAGCAGGAUAUUUGUACUAAGCGAUGCACUUUUAGGAAUAGGGACUGCUAGUGUCAUAAAGACAUCUGUUAGCAGUAGGUAUAUAUUAUAACUACCCAUAUAAAAUAAAAUCAGGUAUGUUAAAUAAACAAAAACUAUACAACUAUAUAUUGUAUAGUACAGUAAUGGGGCAAGCAUCCUAGUUGGCAAGAACAAUUUGUCAUCCUUGCAUUAAAGUGGUACAAUAAAUUGCUGAUAUUUCAAAACUAGAAGAGUGAAGGUAGAAUUAUCAACAAACAGCGGGGACCUCUUGAGAACCUCCACCACAAUGUAAGUGCACAGCAUACAUUGGAUAUUGCACCACUCUCGCUCAAAAGGCCUUGAGCCUGUGUUAUAUAGCCGGGUCUCAUGUAAGUUACAGUCCCACAUGAUGAGUAGCCCCAAAUUUAUAUUUUACUUAGUAGUCUCCAGUCUAAUUUACUGAAUAGAUUGGGGAUUCCUUCCCUCUGCAAUACCCAAGCCCACAAAACACUUCUAAUAAUGGACUUUCCCAAACAUAUGGUGGCAGUGCAAUAGGAAUGUGCUCUUCCCUGGGACAAGCAUCUGAAAGAAAUUAACAUGAAAAGAUCCUCCCCCCUUAGGUAUAAAGUACUAACCUUCAAAGAUCCCACAGUUCUUUUUUUUGUUCCAAUAGGAACGGACCAACUGGUCUGAAAGCCUCCCGGGUGGAGAGCUGAAUGGCCACACUCCAAUCUGCAGGAGUACAGAGCAGGUAGGAGCUGCUUGUUUUAUGCCGAGUUCAGCUAUUGGCAGUCCCUAGAGGCAGCCAAUCACUGCAUGAAUAGGACACGGGCUCACAGCGGAGGAACACACAACCGGGGAGGUUGUGCAUUCCACUGAAGUUCAGACUGCGCAUGCGCGAUCGGAACUUCCUAUUUUGGCUCUAAAUUUAAAAAAAUAUUUAUUCUGAAAAGCUGUGCAAGUCUUACCCCCCCUACCCCCCCCUUCCCAUAAAACUAAGCACUUGGUAUGUAGUGAAUGUUCUACGGCUCUACCAGAUGGCAUGAAGAAAAUAACCUGCAAUCAAUGUUCGUCCUUAACGCUGGAAAGAUGUUUUUUUGUUUGUUUUUUUUUUUUUAUUAUCUUGGUUCCAGGAUAACCUAACUCAGACUUUUGAAUCAUUCAAAAGCAAGUCCAGUGCAAACUUCUAAAAGAAAGACAUAAACGGAAAAGAUCAUCUUCUAGAUCUGAGUUGUCUUCUGGUGAAUGUUCCACGUCUGAAUUUUCAGACACUUCUAGUGAUUUCUCAUUGAUGGAAUUUGGGUUUCCACACAAGGAAUUAAAAAGGUUUAUCGAAGAAGUUAACCACUUAAGGGAAUAAAAGGGAAUCAUGACGGAAUAUUUCCAUCAUGUGUCCUUAAGGGGCUAAUAUCGCUUUACUGGAGUAUAUGCCAGAGGAAGGCAAUUAAAAGGCUAUGCCAAUGCCGCAACAUAUUCUGGAAUUCAUAAAUAGGGAAUGGAAAAAUCCAGAAAAGAGGUUGUUUAUCUCCAGACAUUUCAAACAAAUGUUCAAGUUACAAGGAGAAAACAAAUGGGAAGAAUUGCCUGUUGUAGAUAUGCAAAUAGCACAACUGUCUAAAAAGACAAUGAUUUCAAUUGGGGAAGUGUCUGGUUUAAAAGACCCAAUGGAUAAGAGGGCUCAAACCUCUUGCAGACGGGGUUACCAAGCUGCCGGUUUCCAAGGGAAGAAGGUAUCACAAUAAUUCCCUACUUAUGACUGGUUUGUCAAGGCAAGAUCAAGAAACCCUCUGGUAGAAUAUGUGAAUUUCAAUUUCAGUAUCCUGAAGGAGCUGGUUUGGGUCAUCAACCUAGAGAAGUCACAACUUCAUCCAAUUCCUAGGUUUUUUUAUUAUUAAGUCAAAAGACCUCUUGAUCCACCUACAUCUUAUGAAGGAAGAGAAGAUCAGAAAUCUUCUAAGAGCAACACGCUGCACUAUAAGAUGAGCCAUGAGAAUUCUAGGACAUCUCACUUCUACCAUUCUAGUCGUAAAAUGGGCCAGAGCGGAAUCAAGACCAAUACAGUGGGAAAUGACACAAUGGUACAAAAAAGAAGAUUUGGAUUCCAUAAUGGAGAUUUCAGGGCCUACAAAAGAUUAACUAUACUGGUGGACAGAAACUCAAAUCCUUUACACAGGUCUGUCAUUUCAACCAAAGGAUUGGAUCAUCAUCAUCACCACCGAUGCAUCACAUCUAGGAUGGGGAGCUCAUCUUCAGUACUAUGAGACAAGCCAUAUGGUCAGUAGAAGAAAGCGUGGAAUCAUCCAAUUUUCAUCCACCUAACUGACGUUGGUUCUCAGCCAUGAGGACAAUGGCUUUGAGGUCUUUAGAACUUCCACUAUCAACAAAUCUCCUGGAGAACACAGGGAUUCUCCUGAAAAUGUUCAGAUUGACAGGUUGGCUGCUGCAAGGCUGGUUUUACAUCACAAUGGUAUUAAGGAUGAAAGAUGCCAGUUUUUACUUCUGGACUAAAUUUCUUCACUGGUGCAAGGACCAUCAUUACCUAAGUAGUUCUCCUUCUACAGAUACGAUUUUGAAUUUUCUGCUGGAUGGUCUUAAUGCGAGAUUAGGGUUAUCUACUCUCAAGGUUCACCUUUCUGCUCUUGUCCACUUCCUGGUAUUUGGCUUCAGACAUUUUGAUUCAGAGAUUCUAAAAAGCUGUAAAGAUCAUCAGACCUCCAAAGAGGAUUUUGUUUCCUUCAUGGGAUUUGUCAGUUGUUCUUAAGGCCCUUUGUGAAGAACCUUUUGGAUGAAAUUUCCCUGAAGCUUUUGUCUCUUAAAACAGCAUUUUUAGUAGCAAUAACAUUUGCUAAAAGAAUCUGUGAAAUUCAGGUUCUUUCAUCUUCUCCAGAAUUCACUAUUUUCUUUCCAGACAAAGUUGUCCUACAUCCAAAACCAUCCUUUCUUCCAAAAGUUAUCACUCUAGGGCUAUCAAUCAUCCAAUUGUACUGCUUUCCUUUGGUAAUCCGUCCGCCUAUGAACGGGGGCAAACUUGGCAUAUGCUAGAUGUUAGAAGAGCCAUUAGAAUUUAUAUUGAUCGUUUUUCUGGCUUCAGAAGAUCAGACCAUCCUUUUUUCUUUUCUUUUUUUUUUAAUUCAAAGGUCUUACAGCUUCCAAGGCUAGUCUGGUUAGUGGAUACCAUAAAAUUGGCCUACACUUUCUCAAAAUUGCCUUCAUCUUUAAAAGCGCACUCAACUAGAGCUAUGGCUACCUCAUGGGCAGAAAAGGCUCAAGCAUAUCCAGAGGAUAUAUGCAGAGCUGCUAUGUGAUCUUCCUUAAACACCUUUGUGAAGCAUUAUAGGCUAGACAUAUUCUCUGCCUCUGAAGCAGCUUUCGGGCGUAAGGUGUUUUCGCAGUGGUUGCCUAAUUCCUGGUCCAUGGUGUUUUUUGGGAUCACGAUAUAUCCCUAUUGUACUGCCACCAUAUGUUAGGAAAAACUUUAAUUUUAAAUUCCUUUUUCCUUAAUAUGGUGGCAUUACAAGUUUCCCCACCCUUAUUUUCAUAAAUAGUUUUUGCAGUAAGAGGUCUGUAUUGUUUUAUUGUUACAAAAUGUUGUAUCUUGGAAGGGAUUAGGUACUUUAUACCUAAUGGGGGGGGAUCUUUUUAUGUUUAUGCUUGUCCCAGGGAAGAGCACAUCCCUAAUGUACUGCCACCAUAUUAAGGAAAUAGGAAUUUACGGUAAGUAAAAUUUAAAGUUUUCUGAAUGUCGGCCAUUUAAAAUUUUUAAGCAUCCGCUUUACAUUCAUUAGUGUUGUAUUAAAGAAUGGUUUAGAAAUCCUACCUCUUAAAAAGUUUUAAACGGUCUAGUAACCAUAACCACUGCAGUGAGCUUUAGUUGUUAAGGUUCCAGAGUCCCCUUGGUCCAUUCCUCAGUAAACAUCAAGUAAUUAUUGAAACGUUUAACCCUUACCUGGAUCAUAGUAAAGCCAGAAGCUCUCUGUCUGCACUGGUUGUUUAAGACUUACCUAAGUCAAUGAAAGCAAGCAGCUGACACUCUCAGCAGGAAAUUCUGUGUCUCCUGUAGCUGUAGUGGAAACUCCAGGUAAGAAGACAAACCAUUUUAUCACAGUUUGGCUACUUAUAAUGAGAUUGCACCAUAACCACUACAGUACACUAAAGUGGUUAUGGUGUUUGGAGUAUUCCUUUACCAGUUGACAGGUCAACUCUUGAGUGCCAUAUUUCUUGGACUGAUAUCUGGAAAACAGUGUUUGGUUUAAACCUGUGCUACAAAUAAAAAGAAACAGUUGAAAGAAGGUAAAAAUAUUCUGCAAUGAAAAAUGUGUAUUGUAUGAACAUACUUAUCUUACGCCGUAUGUCAUUGAAACCAUUUUUAUAGUUGUUAAUUUUUUUUUUCCGUUUCCUUCUAGUGAUUAUACCCAGAAUCGAACGUACAUUGUCCUAUAUUAUUACCGAACUUGAUGAGCGUGAGAGAGAGGAGUUCUAUAGGUACAGUAUUUGAGUAAUUUGUGCUUUAAUACACAAGUUCCUUUGGAAGAUAAGACCAUGUGGGCAUCAAACACAUCAAAUAACCACCGUGUAUUCUAUGACAACUUUAAAAAAAAUAUAUAUUAAUGAUUUGUUUAACCCCUUAAGGACCGCGGACGCACAUAGUAAGCACUCUAAGGGCCUUGCCUCGAUGUCAAGGCAUCCUGCAAUACCUCUCCUGACUGCUGGGCCAUCAAGUGGUCGCUCCCCAGGAGCGAUCACUUCCAGGUAAGCAGAGCAUUGGAAGCCAUCGGGCAGGCUUCCGAUGCUCUAUCUGUGUGCUGAAUGCCUCGAGUGGUCGAGGCACUCAGUGAAGACCCCCUUGAGGACCGAUGACGGUUCAGGACUUCAUCAGAAACCACUCCUUGAGGACUGAUGACGGUCCUGAACAGUCAUAACGUAAAACGAGCCGUCCUUAUUACUUACAUGAUCGCCGGCAAUCAGUGUUGCUCCCGGUAUGGGCAAAUUAGGUCCCCGUGGGCCACGUGAUUGCAUUGAAAGAGCGAUCACAUCGCCGCAAUAGACGUCCAUUCAUCUGCCUGCAGGGGGACUGUAUAAACUGACAGGCAGUCUCCCUGCUUCUGAAAAAUAAAAGAAAAUAUGUUUGCAAAUAAAAAUUAUUUUAAAAGUGUGUGUGUGUGUGUGUGUAUAUAUGUGUGAUGGCUACUUACAUAUUGUAUAUAGAUAUAAUAUAUCUUAUGUAUGUAAAUGUGUGUGUGUAUGUGUGUAUAUGUAUGUGUGUG